CGAUAUUAUUUUCGAAAUAACUUUGUUUAUUAUUUUGUGUUUGUUGAUUUUUCUUCGACAAUGUACGAUCGAUGUCUGAAUUUUUAAUGCAAUUCUUAUAUCAAACAUGCCAGGCGUCAAAAUUUAUAAGUUGUCACGUAAACAUCGAAAAAUGUGAAAUUAAUCGCAUAUUAUUCUGUUCGUCAAAAUGUUAAUUAAAAAAAAAGGGGUAAACUUCUUUACAAUUUUGGAUAUAAAUCUUGUGUUUUAAUUGUUCAUUGAACACGUUAAGUAACCUCGGCAAAUAACCUCUUACUCUCAGUAAGACGCGAUUAAAAUUGGAAACUCACGCUGGCUAAUUAAUUCGCAUCAAGUAGAAAAAAAAGAACAUAAAAAAAGGGAAAACUCUUGAAGAAUCGUAAAUUGCGAUGGUUCGACGAUCGAACGAUGGAUCUUAAUGUACCGCGAACUAGCGCGACCAAAAAAAAAUCCAACGCGUUAUCAGCGAAUAAAAAUUCAAUUCCGAUAGCGUCGUCUUCGAUUAAAUCCAAAGAAUUGAAAUCCAAGAAUAAUGAUCGAACAGUCGAAUUACCGCGUAGAUCGUUUGGUAAUCAAUUGCGAUCUAAUAAGUCAACGACAAAAUUUCGUGAUAAAAUGUACGAAAAAAAGCGUAUUCCGACGGCCAUCGAGAAGUCAUCGCAAAAAGGUUUUCAAAUUGAUAAUUCAAGGAUCAAAAAAAAUUUCAUUCCUAGCAUUGUAAAGACUUUCAAUCGAAAUAUCAAAGUUGACGAAUCGAUGGGAAUAGGAAAAAAACGGAUGCCGAAGGAACUUGAUAGAUCGGACAAGCUCGGACAGGAAUCAAGUUCCAAGUCGAUGAGACAAUUAUUUAGUAUCGCUGAUUCUUGGAGUAGUGAUUCCUUAGUUAGUCAUUCGGAUAGUUGCACCUGUUGUCACAAAAAGGAAUUAUGUCCUAUUCACGGAAAGAAUAGUUUCGCAAAUAAUAAAAGAUAAUCGAUCUUAUGAUCAUCAAAGGUUCAAUAAUUUACAUAAAACUCAUAAACUACAUAAAAAAAAAAUAAAUUACAA